AUGUGCCUAGCAGAAGGGAGAUUGAAAGUCCACUAUGAUGGGUCUUAUGAAGGUGAAACUGAUGCUAUUGCUAUUGGAAUUGCUGUUAUAUUGGCAAAAGAUUUGGAAUUGACCAAUAUGACCUUUGAAGUGGAUUAUGCUGAGGUUUGUUGGUGCUGCAAAAAGAAUUCUAUUGAUGAUGUGGAUUUGAAGGCUAAGUGGCAGAUGCAGACUGUCUUGGUGGCUUUAGCAGAGUUUGAUGGAGCGGAUAUUACCCUUAAAUCUAGAGAGGGGCGUACUGAGACAACAAAUUGGAUUGCUGUUGAGUGUAGAAAAGGGGUGUGCCCUAUAAGCUGCUGCGUCAUUCUCUCAGUAUGGCUCCUCAGCCUCCCUUUCUCUCUGCCUACUACCAUCAGGGCUGCCUUCAACCCUGAACAUGUGGUUAUGGAUGUUCAAAGGAGAAUCAACGCGUCUCUCUCCAGAAGACAGCUCCUCUCCGUUGACAAAUCCGACCAAACUCCAGGCUGCCUCACCGGCAACCCUAUCGACGACUGCUGGCGGUGCAACCCCAACUGGGCCACCGACCGCCAGAAGCUGGCCGACUGUGGUAUUGGGUUCGGCACCGAUGCUGCCGGCGGCAAGGGCGGCCAGUUCUACAUCGUCACUGACCCUUCCGACAACGACCCGGUGAACCCAGCUCCGGGAACUCUUCGGCACGCCGUAAUCCAAGAUGUGCCCCUCUGGAUCGUCUUCGCUGGCAACAUGAUGAUCACCCUGAAGCACGAGCUCAUGUUCAACAGCUUCAAGACCAUCGACGGACGUGGAGCCAGCGUCCACAUCACCGGCGACGGCUGCAUCACCCUGCAGUACGUCUCCAACAUCAUCAUUCACAACGUGCACAUCCACCACUGCAGGCCGUCGAGCAAGACAAUGAUACGGGCUAGUCCAACAAAGGUAGGAUUGAGAGGGGGAUCGGACGGCGACGGGGUGUCCAUCUAUGGGUCACAGAAGAUUUGGAUAGACCAUUGCAGGCUGGCGUACUGCACGGACGGCCUAAUAGAUGCGAUAAUGGGGUCGACGGGGAUAACGAUAUCGAACAACCAUUUCUCGCAUCACGACGAGGUGAUGCUGCUGGGGCACGAUGAUAGGUAUGAAGGGGAUAGGAUGAUGCAGGUGACAGUAGCAUUCAAUCAUUUCGGGGAGAAGCUGGUGCAGCGGAUGCCACGGUGCAGACACGGGUACGUGCACGUGGUGAACAACGAUUACACGCAGUGGGAGAUGUACGCGAUCGGCGGCAGUGCGGCGCCCACCAUAAACAGCCAGGGCAACCGCUACACUGCUCCCGCCAAUGCUAAUGCUAAAGAGGUCACGAAGCGAGUGGACACAGAUGAGAGAGAGUGGGCGACUUGGAAUUGGAAGACGGAGGGGGACUUAAUGGUGAACGGAGCAUACUUCGUGGGAUCGGGAGAUUGGGUGAGCACCCAAUACGCCCAGGACUCGUCUCUGCCACCGCAAUCCGCCCUUCACAUCGACCUCCUCACCCUCAACGCCGGCGUCUUCAAUGAUCCCAGCGAAAGCGGGGAUAUAUAUCCUGCGUUCACGGAGAACGACGGCAGUGGCAUUUCUGGAGACGGGAUCAUGCCCAGGCAUGGCAGCACCAACAAUGCUUCACUCCUGUCUCCAUUAUUUUCAUUUCUCCUUUUCUGCACUAUUGCAUCUACUGUUAUAUUAAUAUUGAUGAGUCUGUAUUAA